AGACUCGAUCGAUAGACCAGUAUCUGUAUCUCGAAAUUUUAUUAUUUUCCUAUUCAACAUUAAAACAAAGAAACCAAUUUCAUAUUUAUUUGCAUUGUAAGUAUAAAAAUAAUGGAUAAUAUACAAUGUAAUAUUAAUUAAGACAUCUAAUUACAAAAGUGGAGAAGAAAAUGAGUGAUUCUGCAGAUGAGGAUCUAAAUGCUCCACCAUUGAAGAAAGCUAGAUAUGAAUGGCAGGUCAAAGGCUCAAGAGGUCAUCAUAAAAGAACUUCUGAAAAAUCUCAUGAAAAUGGUAAAUCAAGUCCAAAUAAUGAAAGUGAUUUGACUUUAGAUUCAGUACCAAAAGAAAACCAAGAUUUGUCAAAUGGACAUGGGGUAUUAUUAAGAGAAGACGAAUGCACACCUGAACCUUUGCCAAUAUCGAACACUAUUGAAAACACAGAAUUAAUACUUGAUACUGUCACCAAAUUUGUUAAUGGCCAGACAAAAAAAAUUGUUCAAGAUAAAUUAAAUCUACAAAAUUUGAUUAAGGAUAAAUAUAGUGAUGAUAGUGAUAACUGCCAACCACAUACACAAACAUAUGCACCGUGUGAUGCACAGAAUGUGGGAGAAAUUUCCACAGAUACGGAUCUAAUUCCUAGUGAGAAUGGUUAUCAAUUAAAUCGUAAUGUUUCAGAAACAAACAGUGAAGCCUCUAACAUCAAUAAUAACCUAACGACAACAAAUGCCAACCGACCCCCACAAAGUCUAGACUACAUAACAAGAUGGCAGAGUCAGCAAAAAGCAAAAGCCAUCGUAGAUAAUGCAAUUAAUAUGACUUUAGAGGAAAUGGGUUUAACUCCAAAUCUAGAUCAAAAUUUACCCAUCCUAGAACGGUUGCACGUAGAGGAUGAAAGUAUUAGUGAAGCUAUACGUCAUAGAGGACUUUAUCCACAAGAUAAUGAGGGAGACUCACUACAAGGAACAAUAACUCCUUUAUUACAACAACUGACUCAAGUUUCAGACACAGUAUUUGCUGACAGGCUCAAUAGCAUGAGGUUGUUUAUUACAAUAAGACAGACAAAUAGAAAUUCGGAUGACGAUACUGAUACACCAUUAGAAUGGACUGAUGAACUAGCUAUCCCCACUCUUCAGGCCAGAUCAGAAAGUAGUAUUAAUGCAACUACUCCUAGUGAUAAUUCCACAAAUAUGCCCAACCCCAAUCAGUCAUUUCAGUUGUCUUUGAACUCCAAUCAAACUGUGGCUAAUUCAAACGAUUCUACACUCAAUCAAAGUGAUAGUAAUAAUGAAACAUAUGAUGCUCAUUCCUAUGAGGAAUCAAGUGAUCCUUUAAGUGUUCAGUCAGAAGACAACAGUACUGACUUCGUUAAUGUAGAUAAUGUUGUUAAUAGUACUGCAGCUGAUAAUACUUCAUCUCAACAAUCAGUAGAAGAUAAAACAAGAGAUACUGAUGAGUUGGGGAUGGAUGAUAGUGAUGUAAUGAAUUUUGCUGUAAAUGCUGCUAUAAGUGCUAAAGGUCUAGCAUUAAAAAAUGAGUAAAAUUUUGAGUACGCCUACUAAUUCAGAUUUAUAAUUUUUUCUUCAGGAUUUUGUUCAUAUUUUUAGGUGGAGAAGUAAUGAUUGUCAUAUCUUAAAGGUUGUAGCUGUAACUCAAAUAAUUCAAUAUUGGUCCAUUUCAAUCAAUAUUGAUGUUGUUAUCUUACCAUAUUAUGGACUAAUAUCCAAUAAUUAAGACACAAUGAACAUUUUAAAAUCAGUUCCUGAUGUCGGGUUCUCUAUGGUCUUGAGCGCCAUUUGUAAUGAAAGGACUUGAUCAAAGCAAAACCUUUACUUGCUAUACCACAGGUCAAUGUGGAAGUAAUUACAAAAGCGAGAAAGAAAACAAAUGCCAUAAUUAUGCAGUUUAAUUAAUUUGAAUUUCUUGCCAUCUUUCUGUUAACUACUAUAAGUUAUUGAAUAACUUUACGUGUAUAUUGCUUAACAUAACAACAAUAUUUGAUUUGUUAAGCAAUUUGAAUAUUGUAUAUACGUGGUCCUUUGGGACUAUGUGUAAUACUUAGUAUAGGCUUCAUGUUGUGUGUUUAUUCCAUGCCUGGUGCAGCAUUAUAGAAUAUUUGUAUAUUAUCUAUACCAUACAUGUAUGUGAGAGAUUGUUUUAUUCAUACAGUAAUAAUUACUAUACAUAAAUACUAAAGAGUUUUUGUGCUCACCUAUGAAUUUUUGUACUUCACAUAUGUCCUUGUUUAUUUGGCUUAUUUUGUCAUUUCUUUCUUUUGUACAUGUACAAUGUAUGGCAUGGUGUGGAUUUCAAUUUAUUCUUAAAACAGGGGUGCCAAAGCAAUUUGGAGCAGUCCUUAGGAGUAUCUUUGAAUAUAAUAUAAGAAGGGGCUAAAAAGAAGUGCUUCUAAAGUUAUAAUUUUUCUUUUCCUUUUUGUCUUUCUACAAAUUGGCUUUUUCAGAAUAAAUUUCUUUUUCAUAGACAAAAGGGCUGGUGCCCCCUUGCUUCCGGCACCACUGUUCAUAACAUCAUAUAAAAAAUUUCACUUCCAAAGGAGCACUUAAAUUUUAGUUCAAGGAUUAAAAUACUCUGAACAAAUGAUAUAUAUUCUGAUAUAUAUGAAGGUAAAUCAAAUUUGUAUAUAAGAAAGGGUUUCAGGUGGUAGAUAUUUAUAUUCUUAUUUAAUUAAAUAAAUUUAAGCAAAAUCUUAAUGCACAUUGUACCCUUAAUUUUGGGAAGAUUGAGACUAGAGCCAGAUCCGCUUGAAUGUGGUUGUUUUAUGAUAAAUUUUUAUGCUACCCAGUCAUAGACAUGUAUUUAUUUAUAUUUAAAACAAUACAAACAGUGUAAAUUGUCGCUUUUAUUGCAGUUAAUAGAAAAAGACAUGGGCAAAACCAUUUUCCAUAAUAUACUAAUACCUGUAUGUUGUAUUUUUCUCUUUUCUUUAUGUAACAUAUUAAAUGUAUGAAUUUUAAUACAAUUUCCAAUGUA